AGGGACCGAGGGUGGUGGGCCCAGCGGCCCCGCAUGGAGCCGGGCCUGGAGCCGGAGCAGGCCCCGGGGGAGGGGAAACCGGCCCCGGACGCCAAAGUCCACUUUAAAAUGAGUCGAUUCAUCAUGGAGGCAGGCGUCAAGUUAGGAAUGCAAUCUAUUCCCAUCGCCACGGCCUGUACCAUUUACCACAAAUUUUUCUGCGAGACCACCCUGGAUGCAUAUGAUCCUUAUCUGGUCGCCAUGUCUGCCAUUUACCUGGCAGGCAAAGUAGAGGAGCAGCAUCUGCGGACUCGAGACAUUAUUAAUGUAUCACACAGGUAUUUGAACCCAAGAAGUGAACCCUUGGAGCUGGACUCUCGCUUCUGGGAACUGAGAGACAGCAUCGUUCAGUGUGAACUACUCAUGCUAAGAGUUUUACGUUUUCGGGUCUCCUUCCAGCAUCCACACAAAUAUCUGCUGCACUACCUAAUCUCUUUAAAACACUGGAUGAAUCGUCACAGCUGGGAACGAACCCCCAUCUCGGUGGCUGCGUGGGCACUCCUCCAGGAUAGUUACCACGGAGCACUCUGCCUUCAUUACCAGGCCCAGCACAUUGCUGUGGCAGUGUUGUACUUUGCCCUUCAGUGCUAUGGGGUGGAGGUGCCAGCAGAUUCUGAGGCAGAGAAACCAUGGUGGCAGGUUUUUAGUGAAGACCUUACGAAGUCAGUCAUUGAUAAUAUUGUAUCUGACCUAAUUCAGAUUUACACCCUGGACACAGAAAUUCCUUAAUAAGAAACAACAGAAUAGGAGGGAAUAUUCUAAAGAGCAGCAACGGAUUAUCUUGUUAAAGGUCGGACCCAGUAGAAUGAAAAAGGGCAUGGUUUUAUUCUUUUGAAUGUGCCUAAGACUGGUAAUCUUGAGGAUGGAAUUCUUGAAGGAGGGGAAAAUUUCUGGAAUGAAUUUUCAAGUUGUCAUGGAAGCUGGUGACAGGAAAUUAGAACUUGAGGAGCAGUUUUGCAUGCCCAAGAAAACGGUCAUUUUCAUAAAUCCUUAUCCUCUAAACUGGUUAUUCUCUGACAUUCUUGAGGUAGAAUUUGCGUAGAGGUAAAUUUUUUUAAACCUUAAGUCCACCACCACAAUCCAAACACUACUUUAAACCCCUCAUUUGACUUCUGAGGUGCCAGGAGUGUGUUACAAGUAUUUGAACUCUGGCUUGGUUGCACACUGCAGUUGAGAGCAUCAGUAUUUCUUCAUUACAUUUGAGGAAGUGUAAACUUUUAACAAAUGGAUUGCGUUUUAUUUUGUUUAAUAAAAUAUUGUGUGGAUAAACACAGACA